AUGCCCGUACGAGCAACAGGCGUGACGGAGGAAGGUUCCGCUGACGUCACACAGGUGGCGCUGUACGCGGAACACUCCAGGCGAACGCUCGGGCUGAGGAGUUCACGAGGCCUCACACAGAGGGCGCUCGUAAUAAAAGGGUCACCAACAGACAGACCCGGACAGGAAUCGAGGGUUCAAACUGUGACUGUGGCUAAACAAACGUCAAGCCAGCCAACAUCUGUUGGAGACAGUGGGUCGUCCGCGCGGACGGAGGGCGCGUGUGUGGCGCGAGCGACGCCGCGGCCCGCAACAUGUCCCCAAGUUAUCGUAGUCAACGCCGCCGCUGACGAGUUUAUUAUUGUUUUUCUGUACUGUUACAGAUUGUAUUCAAAACAUAAGGAGCCAUACCGCGGCAGUCGCCCGACCGGCACGGACCGCAGCGGCGGCGCUCCUCGCCUCGCACCUGGACCGCACCUGGACCACACCUGCAACACCUGGGACUCCUGGAUGUGUCUUCAGCGAGACGAAGAUGACGUACACAUAGAUGAAGCGGUACAUAUGUAUAUAUAUUACACUACACUACUAACAUCCCUCAACGUCACUUGA